GCUUGGGAUAAGAGCAUUAUAUCACAUCUACCUUUGCCGUUAGAAACCGUACGCAGGUAACUGUAUAGGUGGUUUCGCCCUUUGUGUUUUAUGCCAUGCUGAUUAUGUUCCCCAACCGUGUCUCCGUCAUCUUUGGAUGGCGUUACUCGUUUCCUGAUACCGGGGUAUGGCUUCAAGAUUUCGUACUCUCACCCACUUCCUACACUAUGAGCAUCAUCCAAACCUCCUUCUUGUUUUCCGUGGACUUUCUAGUAACCGCCGGUGUAGAUUUGUGCGAGGGGUUUGCCCUAAUACCCAUCCUUCACCGCUCUUACCAAACUCAGAAACUUGGCGCCAGCUUAGUCAACGGUCCAUCACAAGACAUAAACCAUCUCUCUCCUCCGACCGCCUCCUUCCUACCUUCUUCCUACCUUACUCCCACCUUAACUCAACCUCCAUUUCAUCGAGUUCCGGUUGCCCAACCUCGCGAGGCUGUUUUGCCCACCAAAGUCAGCAUAGAUCACCGGCUCCUGCGCACAUCCCAUCUUCUUUUUGAUAUUAUCUCUGCACCCGCUGCCUUCCCGUCCUCUUCGUUGAUCUGCCCUCGCUCCGGUGCAGCAAUGACCAGGUUCACGAACGGCACACCAGCGCCUGCCAUCGUGCGCUACGUUGCACCCAACGGCGCCGCUACGGGAGGCCCAGGCUCACUGCCUUCUGGACAGUCUGGCUUGGGCGGACGGCUAACGCCAGCAUCUCCAUCCACGUCGUCGGGGCCACAAGCCAGAGGCCUUCCGAGGUCGGUGAAGGCCGCCAUGGGCGAUCAGAAGAAUACGCAUACACGCUGCAUUAAUUGCUGGCGGCCUCGAGGGCAUGGUCACCAAGAUUGGUGGGCCUGCAGGUCCCUGUGCCCAAGGUGCCCUGAGGAUCAACAGCACUAUUCGCAAGCUUGCCCUCUUCUGCUUGACGAGACCAAUGAUGAAUGGUGGAUCGCUCACGCAGGCUGUCCUAAGCCCGAAUGGCGCGGGAGAGACCGGCGGGCUCGUUUUGCGCGGGCACCUCGCACCAUUUCGCCCAUUGCAACGAGCUCGAGGGGCCAUGGAAACCAACGUAACGCUAACGGCCUCAGAGGAGGAGAAGCGAGAGGUGAGAAUGCAAUACUCUCCGCUCAUCUGCGCGGAGGAGGUAAUACUUACGGCCCUGCUCGCACACGCUCCCGCUCGCCUGAACGGGAGCGGGUGGUUGAGUAUCGUGCUCGGAACGAUGUUCUCCCACCACGGCGCCCAGAGCGAGUUUCACCGCCCGCUGGAGGCCAACCUUCACUUUCACAGCAAGUUCAGGUCGGCCAAACGGUGAACUCUGGUGCGGAGGCUUCGGUAGUGUUUGAGUAUCGUGCGCGCGACGCUGUUCUCCCACCACGGCGCCAAGACCCAGUUCCACCGACCACUGGAGGCCAAUCUUCGCUUGCACCGCAAGUUCAGGUUGACCGAACGGUGAACUCUGGCGCAGAGGCUUUGGCAGCCCGAGAGCAUAACGGCCUUGGGGGCACAUACAACAACAGCAUUGGGGCCACACAUUACGAGAGCGGCUCCCCAGAUACUCUGCGCCCCACAGCCGUCAUCUGGAGUGACGGGAGUACCACGGAGCCAUCGGUACGAGACUUGCUUAUGCAUGAUCCUUGGAUGACAAUGCUGGUGCAUCAGACGGUGAUGCUCGCAGACUUCUUCGACCGACAUCCUGAUGCUUCCAGGGGGGAGCAGCUUGUGAGUGACGGAAUGGCGAGGUACCUGGCGGAUAUCCGCCGCGAGUUCCCUGCGUAUCUCUCGCCGUCGCGUAGCGGAAACGGCUCCGGGAACUCGUCCAAUGGUGGGGUUACCAACGCAACACCGGAGACCGAUCGAGAGGCAGGCGAACAGUGAAGCCGCAAUGCUACGAAGUAGUACGGCUGGGGAAUGGUCGAGCAUUGGCCUCACUG